AUGGCACAAAAGUAUGAUUUAAACUCAUUCGUUCUUGCAACGAUUGCAAUAUUUUCUGGGGGCAAAUCCCACACACGUCGCUCGGAGGUUAACGAUGCAACCGGUGACACGUCGGAAAUUACAACAAGAGAAGGAAGAAAUAUCACUCUACCAUGUAAGACAUCUAACGGCCAGUCUGGACUUUGGCGCAAGACUGUUUGGUUUAAAGGCUCAGAGAAAGUUAUUUCUAUUAAAAAUGGAGGCCACUUUAUAUACUCUCAAAGGAAAUACCCAAUAACUGUACUAGACAAGGAAUCCAUUCGCCUCGUCUAUGUUGAUCGUUAUGAUCACGGAAAUUAUUCAUGCAGAGCGCUGUAUAUAGAUGGAGAUGCAUUCAAAAACGUCCAGCAAAACAUCACUCUUCUUGUGAAAGCCCGUCCACUGUUAAGCAGCCAAAGCCCAACGAUACAAAACCUGACCCAAAAUGCAUCAAAGCUAGACUUCGUGCUUGACUGCUCCGUCAAUGCAUUCCCUAAAGCUGACGUCGUGUGGCAGAAAAUGGAUGGACAGCUGCCAGACGGCAGGGCCAAACAGGAAACCAGUGGAACUUUGGUGAUACACCAAGCUUCUGCGGAGGACAGUGGAACAUAUCUAUGUUCAGCGGUCAACGAACUUGGAGGAGACCAGUUGAACUUUACCGUCACCGUUUUUGAACCACCUAUGAUAUACGGGAGACGAAAGUUCCACGCCAAUGUGGACGAAAAAGCCAAGUUGAUUUGUGUGUCGCGCGGAAAUCCUGGUCCGUCUUUCUCAUGGACUUGGAGGGACAGGAAAAACAAAACUUUCAGUAUUACCCAGGGCGAGGAAAUCAAUGGAUACAGCAUGACAACGACAAGCGAUACUGCAACGAGUCAAAGCAUUCUUGAAAUAACCACGGUCAAAGAAGAGUCUUGGACAAUAUACACCUGCGUAGCUGUAAAUGCUUUAGGCCGAUCUUCGGCUAACAUUUCUUUGUCGGGAAAAACUCGUCCAGAAAGUCCAACAAUAAUCUCCGUGGAAACCACGGAUCGAGAAGCUUUGGUCACGUGGACAUUUAACGAUGAUGGUGGCCUGGAACUGAAGGCCUUGAUACUCCAGUACAGAAAGAGUUCACAGAAAGAUUGGGAUGAAAUCCAGAUUAAACCGCCAAACAAAAACAAAUAUACCAUCAUGUACCUCGACCCAGACACAAACUACAACUUCCGUAUCUUGGCAACCAAUAGCCUAGGCACCAGUACUCCUAGUUCCACCUAUUUUGCCAACACCAAGAAAAAAGAAUCCAACAAUGAGGCGCAGACCAGUAAAGGCUUCGCGGCACUCACUGAAAAUAUGACAGCAUUAGUGGGUGGGGUCGGGGGGGGUUUCCUGGCCAUCAUGUUUGGUAUCAUUGCAAUCUUCUGCUUCUUUAAGAAGAUGCACAAGAAUAACACCCCAGGGGAUACGCCAUCGAAUAGCCGGCCUACGAGCCAACAGGAACCAGCCGAAAUGACCGCGUUAUUAAGCCAUAACAUUCCAAAUAUACCCCUACCUCAACCAAAUGUGGAGCAAGGAGCUUCGGUGGCUCAGUUAUCAAACAACCCCUGGGAAUUCCCGCGGAACAGAGUUGACUUGCAGUUGGUGCUGGGAUCGGGUGCAUUUGGCGUGGUUAUGAAAGCACAGGCACAGGGCAUCAAAGGAUGUGUGGGAAAAAUGCACGUUGCAGUGAAAAUUGUAAAAGGCAAUGACAGUGAGACGGCUAGAAGAGAUCUGCUUGCGGAGCUGGAACUCCUCAAGCUCAUUGAGCCACACCCAAAUGUUAUUGGCUUACUAGGAUGUUGCACAAGACAAGAGCCUUUGAUGGUUAUAGUAGAAUUCUGUGCUUAUGGCGAUCUUCAGAGUUAUCUGCGUCACUGCCGUGGUGUAGAAGAUAAAUAUUACCAAGAUUUGUACAAAGUUCCCAUUGAAAAACUCGGUUCCAGGGAUCUUUUGUCGUUUGCCAUACAGACUGCAAGAGGCAUGGCACAUCUGGCUGCCAUGAAGGUUGUUCACAGAGAUCUUGCGGCCAGAAACGUUCUUAUUGACGAACACAAAGUUUGUAAAGUGGCCGACUUUGGCUUCGCUAGGGACAUUUACGUAGAAAAUCACUACACAAGAAAAACGCAAGGAGGACGAUUUCCAAUUAAAUGGAUGGCCAUAGAGUCAUUAUUAGAUGGUGUAUCCACAACAAAAAGUGACGUGUGGUCCUUUGGCGUCGUGCUCUGGGAAAUCGUCACGUUAGGUGCAUCACCAUAUCCAGGCAUGAACUCACAGGAAGUGAUCAACUUUCUUCAAGAUUCAUAUAGGAUGGAUAGGCCUAAGCACUGCUCUGAAGAUUUAUACAUCCUUAUGAUGGAUUGCUGGCAAGUGGCCCCUCAGCGACGGCCAACAUUCGUAGAGCUGUCCCAGCACCUUAGUAAAAUGUUCAGCGAUGAAAAGGAGUAUAUCGACAUGCGCAUGUACGAGGACCACUUGUACAUCAAUUUCGACAAGGCUUCUGGAACAUUGACAUCCAAAUCGGGAAGUACACAGAACCCGAGUGAAUCACCUUUGUGACGGAAGGAAAUAACCAAAUGUAUUACUUUCUUCACCUGUAAACGAACACUUCAGAAAAUCUUUACUACAACAAAAGAUCAUCGGAGGAAAGGCGUGUUUUUGAAAGUUACAGGCGGGCAUGAUGAAUGCUUUCUGCCAUUCUACGGGGCUUGCCGACACCAGGAGAGGCAACGACGCAUGCACAAUUUUAAAUAAUAAUUUUGUCUUAAACGUUCAUCUCGUCGACAUUCAGGAACUUAGGAAAUUAGGCACAGCCACAGCGCAGCCUAACUAACAUCUAUACUAUUUCAAAACAAUUCGCUUGUCAAACAACAAGUGGAAGUCACUGCGACAUAUUCUUGUGAUUCAAAUUUUUCUUAGUCUAAAAAUUUUAGACCAGCUUGGUUUGCAUUUUCUUCGGUUUCAUUUUGGUUAUGAAUACGCGGGAUGAUAAACUCAAAUUUAAAAAGUCUUUCACGAAAAAAAUUUAAAUCACAGGAGAGCCUUCAUUAGUCUUAAGGUAGUUUCUGUAAGGGGUAUAAACAAAAUUCACCUUGUCGUUUCCGGAGUUUCGGAUAGCGUGCCCAAGUUAAUAUCACACACUAUUACAUAGAUUCAGUCACUGAUUUUGUCAAAGUUAAACUUGCUUUAAAUCAAAUAUUUGUAACAAAGCUUUUGGGAAUACGUAAAUAUGGAAGAUAUACAAAGCAAAGGAAUAGUUGUGUUUAUUUAAGACAGAAGCUAAAUAGUUAUCAGGGGCAGUUAAUUAACAAGUACGGCGCCUCCGAAAAGUAGUAAAAGCGGAAGUGUAUGCUGCAAGUCAGUUGUGGAGAUGUUUACCUUGAGCGUAUUUGAUCCAUGAGGGAUCUAUAAACUAGAGUAACGUUGUUCACUGUCGCGUUUUAGCGACGAGACAUCAAGUUUGUCUCAUUUGACAGCAACAAAUGUUCACAAGGAAAACAAAUUUAAUUGUAAGAAUACUCGACGAACAAUGGAGGUUCAUUCAAAAUUUGAUCACCACUGACUGCAAAUUUAGGAGGACAUUUGAAAUUUAGGGUUUUCAUUGGUCAGUUUUGUUGAGAAAAACGUUUUAUGAAGAUUCAGCUCAAUAAAGUCAUUGCAUCAUUUA